GUACGUCAUCACCAGUGCGCGUGCCCGUGGCGUAGAGCGCAAAGCGCCAGCCGGGGUUUACGGUUUUCGUUUCAUUUCUAAGCGAGCUUGCUCGUUCAACUUGUGUUGUUAAAUAAGAUUAGCCAUUAGACGGGACAUAUUUCCGUCAGGUACACAGAUCGCAGAGUCACGAAUGAACCGCGGCGCCAUGAAGAGAAAGUUGCCGUUAGCGAGCUAGCUGUGUUGCUAGCUGUGUUGUUAGCUGUAUGUUCCUGGAUUUCAGGGAAGCACCACCCUCGCCUGAUCAUCAUCACCAUCAUCAUCAUCAUCAGCGCGCGAGGAUUGGGUUCCGCUCACUGAGGAGGACCGUUUCGGUUUUAUAAUGGCGACUGUUAUGUUCACGCGAUUUGUCUGCCUUUUUAGAUACUUGCAGGACCCUCGUCAUGUCGCCAGGUUUCAGCAGCUUUGCGGAGUCAGGGGGACGUUUUCCCGCAGAUCAGCCGCCACGGAGAAGGAGAGCGACCGGGACGUGUCUCCUAACGGUGCAUGUGUGAAGCGGUGUGAUCGGGACACUGAGAGCAAGAAGUGUGUGAAACAACACGAUCCGGUUAACAGCGAGAACAAGGAUGUUCCUUUGGCCAGCCCUGGUACUGAAACCUUAAAUCCAAGAGGAAGAGUCAAGCCUCUCCGUAAGAACUCUCUGACCGAUGAUGUUGGUCAGGAGUUCAUUAUCGAGAACAAGUUCCUCUUCUACCUGUUCACCAUGGGCACUGAACUGGGCAAUGAGAUGUUCUUCAUCGUGUUCUUCCCAUUCCUGAUGUGGAACGUGGACGCGUUUGUGAGCCGGCAGGUCAUCGUUGUAUGGGUCUGGGUGCUGUUCUUCGGACAGACCACCAAAGACCUGGUGGGGUGGACACGACCUGCAUCGCCACCCGUGGUCAAAGUGGAGGUCUUCUACAACGUCGAGUACAGCAUGCCAUCUGUGCAUGCCAUGACUGGAACCUCUGUCCCUUUCUGUCUCUUCAUGCUCACUUACAACCGCUGGGAGUACCCUUUCCUGUUUGGACUGACCGUGGCCAUAUGCUGGAGUUUCCUGGUAUGCAUAAGCAGAAUCUACAUGGGAAUGCAUUCUGUCCUGGAGGUGAUCACAGGCUUCCUGUACAGCUUGCUGAUCCUGGCUUGCUUUCUCCCAGUGCUGGAAGACAUUGACACGUUCUACUUAUCGAGCAGCAUGGCUCCUGCAAUCAUUCUGCUGCUGCAUGUGGGCCUGGCUGUGCUCGCCUUCGCUCUGGAUACGUGGAGCACGUCCCGGGCUGACACCGCCCAGGCUCUGGCUACCGGGGCAGGGGGUGCACUGGCAAGCCACCUCAACCAGCAGCUGAGCCUGCAGCCUGACCCGCCUGCCUCCUCGCUACCCCUCAAGAUGCCCUCUAUCACCGGUGCACUGAUAGGAGACACUCUCCUGCGCUUGCUGAUCGGCGUAGCAGCUCUGCUGGCUGUGCGUGCGAUCAUGAAGGCCAUCGCUAUCCCACUAGCCUGCCAAUUAUUCAGCGUACCCUCUAACGAUGUACGCAAGGCGCGGCAGAACCCUUGCGUGGAGCUUACAUACCGUUUCCUGGUUUAUGGAACAGUGGCCUUUUGCUGUGUCUUCCUCGUGCCACUUCUCUUCCUCGGUCUGAACCUGUCAUGAACAAACUAUCAGGCUUUUGCCUUAUCUAGUAAUGUGGUAUUUGUUUUUGUUUUUGUUUUUUUGGGAACCGAAUUACAGUUUUCUGCAAAAAAAAACUUUUUUGGGAGCUAUCUGAAAUGGCAUUAGAUGGCAAAGUAACCACUAAACUCAACUCACUAUCCAGUAAAUAUGUUUUUUUAAUUAUUUUUCAUCGUUCUCUCUGAUUUUAUUGUCAAUUAUUAAUAUUUUAUUUCGAUUUUUAACGUGUCUGUCGUUAAUCUUUUCAAAUCUUUCUUUAAUAAACCAAAGUGUUAUUAAUUUUGCCAGAACACAGAAGGGUAAAUAUUAGCCUAGGCAGCUUUUUUGCACAAGAAGAAUGAUGGUGUUGGUCAACAUCAGUAUUCAGAGCAUAACCUAAUCAUGAAUUUUAAAUUGAGCUUCAUUAACGACUGUUAUUCACUGAAUCAAUGGUUUAGUCUAUAACUGUUCUGACUAAUUCCUUAUAGCUAUAUAAGCUUAUAUAGUCCCUAUUUGUUUUGUACUGACUAUAGCCCAUUUGUUGCAAUCCAAGUGGAGCUAAAAAUUGUACAGAUCAUUGAUUGGUCAAAUGAAUGACUGGGUGCAUUAAACAUUGUGUGACUUGCACUAGGCCUGGACACAAAUGUUCCCAGACCGCAAUGUUUGGUUUUGAAAUGCUAUAAUUGUGCAGAGCAACAGAUGGACCACAGUUAGCAAUUGUGUAGCUUCACAGUGCAUCUGUAAGGGUGUGGUGUAGCUACGACAUAGUUGUGCUUAUUGCACCAGCUGUGUCUCAGAGGUGAACAAAAGGUUAUGCUGUAAAACGAAACAUCGUAAUAUUUAGGAGUGUUUCUGCUUUGCAUUGUGAGGAUCCUGUUUGUUUUAUCUCCACCCAUCUCCUCGGCAGUAUUCCUACCUACACCCAUCCUGCACCAUUGUGUUCUAUAGUACACUGGCUCCUUUCCCAGCAAAUCAAGUCUGAGCACACUCACAAGCUCUGCCUAGCCAUGUUAAACUUGUAUAUACAAACCCACUCCUGAGGGCUUUUCCUUUUAAGGCCUUUCUUUGUCUUCUAAUACUUCAUCCUGAAGCAUGUCUCUUCACUUCAGAGCAGCACAGGGCAAAGUGUGUUGAAAGAAUGCUGUUUUCAGACUAGUUAUAUUCAGUCAUACUUGAUAGUGCCUAGUGUCUUAAUUUGAAAUCCUCUUGUUUUUCCUCCUUUUGUAUCGUGUACUUUGCAUAAAUAAGACAUGUUGAGAGAACAAGGAGAGGAUGACUUCCUGUUAAUUCAUUUUGUGUGCACAAAUUUAUACAUGUCCAAUCUAAACCUCUGGCCUGGUCUUCAGUCUCACAGACAUUCUCACUGAACAUGUCACGUUAAGUCUUGAGUCAAUAACAUUUCGUGUGUGUGUGUGUGUAUAACAGAUGAGAGAAUGCAUCACAGGGCUUGUUUCUGUGUUAAACUAUUUUGUGUAUGAAAUGUUUUGAAUCCUGUACGGUGUAAUUUAAUUCUAAAAUUAAAUAGUAGAAGUAUAUAAAUUAUAUACAAUUUCAGUUCAGCAUAUUCAGGCUUCCUGAAGUGUAACACAUGCUCAAAUCAAAUAUAAAUUGAAAUUCUGUGGUCAAAGUAAACUAGACUUGAAAAGAUAGCAAUUAAGGAUACUUGAGUAGAGAUCUGAUACAUUCAUGUAUCUUGAAACAAGUGAUCAGUAAGCUCGGAAAUUGGGCAGAAUUGAACAGUGGAUUUCUCAGUAACUCAGGACGUUCAGAUCUGCAAGAGACUGGGGAUUUAGACUGAUUCUAAAAGCCAGAGUGUCAUACUUGAAUGACAUUAUACUGAAAAUAUCUUGAUGUACUGUUUUUUUUGUUUGUGUUACGUGUAGUCCUUAGUGAUUUUAAUGACAUUGCUUUAAUGACACAACUCCAUGCCAUGGGAUUUGUAUAUUUUCUCAUCUGUCUGAAAAAGCGAGUGAGGAGGCGGAGGUCCAGACAGAUGUCUACAUGCAAAGUGCUCAGUAUUUGUCAUAAAACAUUUAUUACUCUGCAUAAUUUGCGUUAGGUUGUGGAAAGCUCUUUAUCUCAGUCUAUUUUUUACCCGUGAUUGAAAUGUGAGUUUGUAUUAAGACCGAUUCAAGUGUCUGGUAUGCAGCACAUCUUACACUUCAGACCUUAUGCUACUAAAAAAACAACAACAAAUCACGCAUUCUGCUUUGCUUGUAGUCCAGCUCUUAUGGAUGGACUACAGCACAUCAUGUACUUGUGCUACACAGAAGCCAUAACCAGUGUUUGGAGGUUAAGAGGCAUCAUUAUAAAGCCUGUGUUAUGCACUGCUGUUAAUGUGGAACCACACAACAACCACAGCCACAAAAAAACACUUAAAAAUGGGUGGUUUGCAUAAAAAGCUGUCAUUAGACACUCAUUGUGUGUUAGAUUAAUAUGUCACUGAUAUGAAUCUGUAAACUAGGCCACAAUAAAUAUAGUAUUUG